ACUAGAAUUCUUCUCGGACAUAUACAGAGUCUAUGUUGGAACUGCCAUGUGAUUAUUUAUAUAAUUAAUGCAUCCAGAAUGUAAGCAAAUGCAACCAACAAACAUAUUUUUUUUUACGUUGCCGCGAUUUUGACGUUUCAAGUUCACGAACUUUGACGUCGUUUUCUGUGAAUUGUGACGUCGAAAGAUAAGGGCCCUUUUCUCAUGACGCCUCUGAAAGGGGGAACCAUAAUUCCUUUGACUACUGGCAAUCAAUUACAAUCAGAAAUAACAAAAAUUGCAUCUCUUCCUUAAAUGUCAUAAUCAAUUGAGGACCGCAAUGUGCUGCACGUCCUAUGUAUUCAGGGGGAAAUAACUCGUACAUCAUUGUGAAAAAUGUAUCCCAUUGCUUUCAAAUCAAGGUUAUUAUUCUUUAAACUACAUUUUCUCUCUUAGAUGAAGAUCGCACUGCUGGCCAUUGUUUUCGUGUUUUACAAAGUCUCCCAAGCAUUUCCAGCACCUCCCUGUACGGUUGGGGACUUCAAGUUGAACGAAAAACUAGAGACAUUAAAUGGUUGCAUUGUUGAAAUAUGCACACACAGAAAAUUUGGAGAAUCUAACUGCACGAUGUUAUCAAACGCUGGACGCUGUGGAGCAGAUGACUUAGAUGUUCCAAACAGGAAGAUGGCUUGCGAUUGCUGUUUUUCACCAAAUAUCGCCAUCCAUCCACAGAUUGUGUUUGAUCCAGAGAUGCCAGGAAAAUAAACAUCCGAAUGGUGUUUGUACGAAAAUAUAUGCGUACAGCACAUAAAACAUUUCAGAGUUGUUUUAAGUUACUUGGCGACAAUGAGAAUAA